AUGAGUAUGUACGGGAGGGAUCCGUGGGGGGGUCCGCUGGAGAUAAACGCGGCGGACUCGGCCACGGACGACGACAGGAGCAGGAACCUGCAGGACUAUGACAGGGCGGCGCUGUCCCGGCCCCUGGACGAGACGCAGCAGAGCUGGCUGCUCGGCCCCGGGGAGCAGAAGAAGAAGAAGUACGUCGAUCUGGGCUGCAUCAUCGUCAGCCGCAAGAUCUUCGUCUGGACCGUCGGCACCCUCCUCGUCUCCGGCUUCCUCGCCGGCUUCAUCACCCUCAUCGUCAAGACCGUCCCCCGCCACCACCACAACCACGCCCCCUCCGACAACUACACCCUCGCCCUCCACAAGGCACUCAUGUUCUUCAACGCCCAGCGCUCCGGUAGGAUCCCCAAGCAUAAUAAUGUGUCGUGGAGGGGCAACUCCUGCCUCCAGGAUGGCAAGUCUGAUUCGUCGUGGACGCUGACGAAGGAUCUUGUUGGUGGAUACUAUGAUGCUGGCGAUGCCAUCAAGUUCAACUUUCCUCAAUCGUUCGCCAUGACCAUGUUGAGCUGGAGCGUGAUUGAGUACAGUGCGAAAUAUGAGGCUGCAGGAGAGCUCAACCAUGUGAAGGAAAUCAUUAAGUGGGGAACUGACUACUUUCUCAAGACCUUCAAUUCCACUGCUGAUACCAUAGACGCGAUUGCUGCACAGGUUGGAGUUGGGGAUACUUCAGGUGGGAGCACUACUCCGAACGAUCACUACUGCUGGAUGCGCCCGGAAGACAUCGAGUAUGACCGUCCUGUAUAUCAAUGCCACAGUUGCUCAGAUCUCGCUGCUGAGAUGGCGGCUGCCUUAGCUUCAGCAUCUAUUGUUUUCAAAGACAACAAGGCCUACUCCCAGAAGCUCGUCCACGGUGCCAAGACCCUUUUUAAGUUCUCGAGGGAACAGCGAGGGAGAUACAGUGCCGGUGGUUCAGAUGCUGCAAUUUUCUAUAACUCCACCAGUUACUGGGAUGAGUUUGUGUGGGGCGGUGCUUGGCUUUACUAUGCAACUGGUAACUCUUCUUAUCUGCAGCUUGCCACCACUCCUGGUAUUGCGAGGCAUGCCGGUGCUUUUUGGGGCGGCCCAGAUUAUGGUGUACUCAGCUGGGAUAACAAGCUUGCUGGUGCUCAGGUGCUUUUGAGCCGUCUGAGGUUGUUCCUAAGCCCCGGAUAUCCGUACGAGGAAAUAUUGAGGACCUUCCACAAUCAAACCAGCAUAAUCAUGUGCUCUUUCCUGCCUGUCUUCACGAGCUUCAAUAGGACCAAAGGAGGGUUGAUUCAGCUGAACCAUGGAAGGCCCCAGCCUCUUCAGUAUGUUGUCAACGCAGCUUUCUUGGCCACUGUAUACAGCGAUUACCUUGAUGCUGCUGAUACUCCGGGAUGGUACUGUGGGCCCAAUUUCUAUUCAACUGAUGUCUUGAGAGAGUUUGCCAGGACGCAGAUUGAUUAUAUUCUGGGCAAGAACCCUCGGAAGAUGAGCUACAUCGUGGGGUUCGGCGAGCACUAUCCGAAGCAUGUGCACCACAGGGGUGCUUCUAUCCCUAAGAACAAGAUCAAGUACAACUGCAAAGGCGGCUGGAAGUGGAGGGACAGCAGAAAGCCCAACCCCAACACUUUAGUAGGGGCAAUGGUCGCAGGUCCUGACAAGCACGAUGGGUUCCACGAUGUGCGGACCAACUACAACUACACAGAGCCCACACUUGCUGGGAAUGCGGGCUUAGUGGCAGCUCUUGUGGCCCUGUCGGGUGAUGGGAGCGCUAAGAUCGACAAGAACACAAUCUUCUCUGCAGUUCCACCCAUGUUCCCAACUCCUCCACCCCCUCCUGCUCCAUGGAAGCCAUAAAUGAGAUAGAACCACGUAUCAGCUCAGGUCUGGGCUCAUGAGUCUCAAUCGUGUACUUAGUGGUGUGCUUGCUCGACUUUGCCAAGGUAGAUUUUUUGAACGGGAAGGACAGUUCGUGGUGAUCUGGCAAAUGACUGGAAUCAGGUUUCGGCAUCAGAAGAUCAAGUGCAAGCUGCUCUAAUUGGGAUCUCCUAUGCAAUUAGUUGUCUUCCUGCCGUCUUUUACCCUCUUUCUGUCUUGUGAUAUAUAUCAUGUGUUUAUGUAAGAAAAAAAAAUAGUGAUGUAUUCUUUAUAACUGAGGAUUUUGAACAGCAUGAAAUGAAAUCAGAGAAUAACGAUGUAUGCUGGUAAUGUUACACUCAA